AUGCUGCAAGCGAUCUGAGGUUGAAGGAGACGGGCUCUGCGAACUCCAGACGGCUAGGUGGCAGUACUUCCCCUUGACAUGCGUCGUGAUACAGUCCAGAAGGAAAGCAAGACGAGCCGUAUCAAUAACAAACGGUACACGUUUACAGAUUGUAGUUGAUAAGACAACGUUAUUCUUUUUUCUUGCGUGAAGCAAAAACUAAGAAUAACAGUCGUGUUAAUGGAAAUAGUAUUUUCUGGUCUAUGAAGUGGAAAGGGGAGAGAGGGGUUGCCCCCUGGCAAGGACUAACGUGAAAUCAGAUGCAUGCAACAUGCACGAAGUCGGACUUGAAUCAACCUUUGGUCGUCUCAGACGGGGUAUCACCUCCUAACACAGACCCUUAAACGAGAUAGCAUUAGCUUAGCCACCCGGCGACUUCAGGGUGUUUGACGUAAACCGUUAUUCUGAUGUUGACAUAUACGUGACAUUUAUUCUUAAACCUGCCAAUGGAGAACAGAACAUGUGAAGCACAACGCAGCCAAGGACAAGGAGCGUCGGGUGUUCGCAAACGAAAGGCAAGCACCGGGGCUUUGGAGCAAAGCAGUGGCGACAGUAAUGGCACCGUGGACGUGUUCGCACGACAGUCCGCAAACGGGACCUCGCAGCAAAGGCUUCAGAGAAGAACGCCGUCUCCAAACGGCGAAGGAAGGAGAAAUGCACUACUGAUCCUGGUGAUCACAAUGUCUUUUGCCACACGACUUUAUAAGAUCUUGGAGCCUCCUCAUAUAUGUUGGGAUGAAACGCACUUUGGGAAAAUGGGGAGCUAUUACAUCAACAGAACUUUCUUCUUCGAUGUCCACCCUCCUCUUGGCAAGAUGCUGAUUGGCUUAGCUGGCUACCUCACCGGUUAUGAUGGCACCUUCCCUUUCAUCAAACCAGGAGACAAAUACGAGCAUCACAACUACUGGGGCAUGAGAGGAUUCUGCGCAGCCCUUGGGUCCUGUCUUCCUCCUUUUGCCUUCCUGACGGUUCAGGAACUGUCUGACUCUCCAACAGCUGGCCUCAUCGCCUCUGCUCUUCUCAUCUUUGACACAGGCUUCAUCACCCUCUCCCAGUACAUCCUGCUGGACCCCAUCCUCAUGUUCUUCAUCAUGGCGUCCGUCCUGUGCAUGGUGAAGUUCCGCUCACACAGGAGCAGGCCGUUCAGGUUCUCUUGGUGGUUGUGGCUGCUCCUGACGGGGGUGAACCUGUCCGGUGCGCUGGGAGUGAAGUUCGUGGGGCUUUUCAUCAUCCUUCUGGCUGGGAUUAACACUGCCUGGGACCUGUGGGAACUGCUGGGAGACCUCACACUCUCUCUGGUGGGCUUUGGGAAGCACUUCCUGGCCAGGGUGUUGGGCUUGAUCCUGCUGCCUCUCCUUCUCUACAUCGCCAUAUUUGCUGCCCACUUCAUCACCCUGAACAAGAGUGGUCCAGGAGACGGCUUCUUCAGCUCGUCCUUCCAGUCCAGACUGGUGGGAAACAACCUGCACAACGCCUCCAUGCCAGAGUACCUGGCAUAUGGCUCGAGCAUGACGGUGAAGAACCUGCGCAUCGCUGGGGGGUACCUGCACUCCCACUGGCACCUCUACCCAGAGGGGGUGGGGGCGCAGCAGCAGCAGGUGACUGCCUAUCUCCACAAGGACUACAACAACCUGUGGCUGGUGAAGAAACAGGAACAGGAAGUCACGGAUGAUCCCAACGGAACCCCUGACCUUGUCCGUCAUGGCGACGUCAUUCUGCUGGAGCACAAAGAGACCACGAGGAACCUCCACAGCCACCUGCACGAGGCCCCACUUACAAAGAAGCACCUGCAGGUCUCCGGCUAUGGCAUGAAUGGCACUGGAGACGUUAAUGAUCUGUGGGUCAUAGAGGUGUGUGGAGGCCGGAAGGGGGACCUGGUUAAAGUGCUGCGCAGCAAAGUUCGCUUCCUGCAUCAGUCCACAGGAUGCGUCCUCUACUCCUCGGGCAAGACGCUGCCCAAGUGGGGCUGGGAACAGGUGGAGGUCUCCUGUAGUCCCUACCUCAAGGACACACCCAGCUCCCAGUGGAACAUUGAGGACCAUAUCAACCCUAAAUUACCCAACAUCAGUCUCUCUGUGCUGAAGCCCUCUUUCCUGGAGGUUCUUCUGGAGUCCCACAUCGUCAUGAUCAGGGGGAAUAGCGGCCUGAAGCCCAAAGACAAUGAGAUGAACUCUAAACCCUGGCACUGGCCCAUCAACUAUCAGGGCUUGAGGUUUUCAGGAGUGAAUGAGACCGACUACCGUGUCUACCUGCUGGGGAACCCUGUGAUCUGGUGGCUCAACCUGCUCUGUCUGGGGCUCUAUGUAGUCAUGGUGUCUAUUGCUGCAGCUUCACUUCAAAGAGGAUUCAACCUGGAUGCUAAAAGAAGAGGGCACUGCAGUGUGCUGAUGGGGGGAGGAGGGAUGCUGUUCCUGGGCUGGCUACUCCACUACCUGCCCUUCUACACCAUGGGCCGCAUCCUCUACUACCACCACUACUUCCCUGCCAUGCUCUUCAAUAGCAUGCUAACAGGUAUUACAUUGGACACGCUGCUGCAGAACACAGACCUGCUGUUCAGACCAGCGUCUGCUCAGUAUCUCCUGAGGGGAGGGCAGGGCCUGCUCCUGGCUGCCAUUCUGUACAGCUUCUACCUGUUCCACCCCCUCUCCUACGGAAUGCGGGGCCCUCUGGCUCACGACCCCGCCAGCCCCAUGGCCAAGCUCAGGUGGAUGGACUCCUGGGAGUUCUGACUCCAUUACAGAGAGAGACAGAGAGUUUUCACAGCUAGACCAGGGACUGCCACCCGUCAGAGAGAGAGGGACAGAGAGCUUUCACAGCUAGACCAGGGACUGCCACCCGUCAGAGAGAGAGGGACAGAGAGCUUUCACAGCUAGACCAGGGACUGCCACCCGUCAGAGAGAGAUAGUCGCUUGCCAGAGAGUUUUCCUGCCUGGACUGGAGGUGGUCACUGGUUAGAUAGAGAAGGAGAG